AUGAGCACAGAGGCAUCCUCAUCACAGCACGGCGGAAGCCAGCUCAAAGGAAAACAAAAAAGCACACUUUUCGAAUUACAAGUUAGAGCCUUUCUAGAUGCAGCAGAAGACGUAGACGUGGACACCGACACCCUCGAAGAUUUACUUGAAGACCUGGGGGAUGAAGGUAGCGAGAAUGGCGACGAGGACGAGCAGAAUGAUGCCGUCGGCGUAUCAGAUACUGAAGAUGUUUGUCCUUUGGUGCAUGAACAGCACCAUAAUUCAGGUGGCCAGGAUUCGCAAGCUGAAGAGUCGGAUGAAGGCUUAGACUUGGAUAUGUCUGAGCUGAAAGAGUAUGAACAAGAAUCACAGGAAGCCUGGACUAAAGAGGACGUCAAAAAAAUCAUGCAUCACCUCAAAGAGCGCGGAAUGUCUUCCUUCGUCAGGGAAUACGUUAUUAUGCAGAAUAUACCUAUACCAAAGCUACUGUAUGCUUUUGGUGUAAUGCUGUGUAAAGAACUGCGAAACAAGCGUCCAAAAACACUGUUAUAUUUUCUUCGCGUUGCCAUGUCUCGCGAAAUCCAUCUUCGCGAAAAGCUUACUCAAUACAAUACGAUUUCGGACGUUGUCUCCUUGAUCACUAGCUCACGUCGCAUCCUCGUUCUGACUGGAGCAGGAAUCAGUUCAGUCCAUGACAGCCGUUCAAUAUCGCCAGGACACUCAUCGAUGUUUAUUCCAGGUGUUUCGUGUGGGAUACCAGACUUCCGUUCACGAGACGGCUUGUUUGAUAUCCAAUACUUCAAAGAAAAUCCCGCUGUAUUCUACUCUUUUGCCAGUCAAAUAUACCCGUCCAACUUCGUACCCUCGCUUUGCCAUCGAUUCAUCAAACUCUUAGAAACUAGAGGCAAGCUCCUACGAAACUACACCCAGAAUAUCGACACCCUUGAGACGCUGGCCGGAAUAUCGCGAGUGCUACAAUGUCAUGGCUCAUUCAAGACGGCCUCAUGUCUACAGUGUCGACACAAAGUUCCUGGUACUGAGAUUGAAAAAGAUAUCCUCGAACAUCGGGUGCCAUAUUGCGAUGUUUGCGUAGCAAAGCGUAAAGAAAUCCUCGGCUUGAAAACCAAGGCGAACAAGAGAAAUGGUAAGAAACAAGGGAAAGGUAAAAAGAACGAAUGGGAUUGCGAUACUGACGAAGACGAAGACGAUGUGCCUGUCGGGGUAAUGAAGCCCGACAUCACUUUCUUUGGAGAGAAACUUACGGACGAAUUUGACCAUGCACUCGUCGAAGAUCGAGAUAAGGUGGACCUAUUACUUGUCAUAGGAACUUCUCUCAAAGUAUCCCCUGUAUCAGAGAUAAUAUCGCAUUUGCCACAUUCUGUACCGCAGAUUUUAAUCAACAAGACACCUAUCAGACAUAUCAACCCUGAUAUUGUUCUACUCGGAAAUGCAGACGAAAUUGUUCAUCACCUUUGUGAGCAAAUAGGAUGGGAUCUUCCGCCACCCCCCACCAAGAUAGGACACCCAAAUCUUGAAGUGCCACCUCAUCCAAAGUCUACAAAGAGGUCUUCUCAAGAGAUCAUAGAUCGUGCUGAACCUCGUCGAGUAGGGGACAGCCACGUGUGGUUGUUCGAGGGUGCAGAGGGUGGAAAAUGGGUACACGAUUUGGCGGAAAGAUCAGCACAGGGGAAAUUACAGGCCAGUCCUGCGAGUCUUAACAGUUCUCAGCGUUUGAGCGAAGGACCCGAUCUGAAGAAACUUCGUGUUGAAUGA